CUCUGAUCAGAUCGAUAGAUUGCAAGUAUCAGUUAUACAUCCCAUGUCAACAAAAUGCUCCUGAGGAAAAAAAGAACUCAUGGAGGGCUCUCCUUGUGCUGCGUUCACAGACCCACAUAAACAUUUAAAAGAAGAAUCAAAAACAAUGUAAGCUUGCUGUCAUUGUCUGCCCCCCGUCAUCAGCUAUUGCCACACAUGCACUGUCAUUCUGUUGAAACACUGAAAUCAUAUACCUUUCAUGUAUUUUUAAAAAUGCAUAUCUCAUGUAGAGAGCAGCUGAACACAGCCUCUGUCUCUGUUCUCCAGGUGUCUGACAGUGAGCAGCAGGUUACAAAGCCUCCACCCAAACGGCGACGCAUCCUCGACCCCUCAGCCAUCGUCUCAGUGCCUGUUUACUCCAAUAAGGUAAACAGCAGCCUGCAGCUGAAGCCAGUGGCAGCUAUGUUCACUGAAAAGGAAAAGUCAGACGACGCUGCAGACGACAGUUUGUUGUCGCUGUUUUCGUCUCGGGGGCCGUCAGCAGCCGUCAUCUCCCUCAGUGACUCUGAGGAGGACGAACCAGAAUGUGAGGAGAACAAACCAGAACACACAGGGAAGAAAACAGAGCCAGCAGCCAUCCGCUGCCCGUCUCCUCCUCCUCCAGAGAGUCCGGUCAAGAAACAGUCCAGACAGGUCACAAAGAAGAUCAACGAGAUCGACAGAAAGCUCCGGGCGGUGAACUCUCUCCUGUCUCCUGAAUGGUCCAGAUUUCGCUCGCCUCCAGGUGAAAAAGUCGACGACGACAUCAUCAUCGUGAACCCUAAAGAAGACGAUAUCAUCACGAGCCCUGAUUCUAGACUUCAGGAUUCUCCGUACAGCUCAUCAGUGCGGGAGAUCCCCCUUAAGAUCCGCUGCCGAACGGAUGUCCACAAGAUCCCAGUCCUGUCUUCAACACCUUUAAGUGACGUACUGACCCAGCUGUCCGCCAUCCUUAACGUUCCUCCUUCUCGCCUCCUGCUGGAAAGGGAGUCAGCAGAGCUUCCGACAGACGCCACUGUCGGCGAGCUCGGCCUCGGCAUCGCUGACAUCAUAGAGUGCGUCGUCAUGGCAGCGGAGGAUAAAACGAAAGCAGACAGCAGCAGCAGCAGCAUCACAGUGAGACUACAGAGCAAAGACAAAGACUCUUCACAGGAGUUCUCUCUGCACAAAAACGCACCACUGGGCUCCAUCUUCUCCCAGUACCUGUCCAGGAUGACGACCACCGCUCAGAGGAAGGUCUGCUUUCACUUCGAUGGCUGCAAAGUGAAACACAGCCAGACGCCAGAGCAGCUCGACAUGGAGGACGGAGACAUCAUCGAAGUUUGGAUGUAGAUUAAUUUCAUGCAUCUAUUAUAUGUUUAUUAAAAAAACCAGAAAGCCAC